AUGGGAAUCACGCGUGUUGAAAUCGACCCUGAGGGUGAUGCUCUCAUCAUUCUUCCAGUCAAGCCUGCUUCUACUCGAUCUGAUACCCCGGACUCUCCUGCUGAGAAGCACUACCUUUGCUCCAAGAAGCAUCUAACGCUUGCCUCUCGUCGGGCAGCAAAGCUCUUCUCCAGUCAAUUUAGAGAGGCUUCAGUCCAGUCAGACGACCUUUACCACUGGAGGUUUGAAGACAUCUUUAACGCUGAGGCGUUUGAGCUCGUCUUGAAGAUCGUUCACGGCAAAACACGUGAUGUCCCCCGCAAUGUCAAGCUGGAUCUAUUGGCCGACAUUGCGACGAUCGUCGACGAUCUAGAGUGCCACGAGGCUGUGGCGUUUUUCAGCACGGACUGGCUCUUUGGGUGGCCCGUUGGAUUGCUCAGAACUGAAGAGUUGCGGGACAAGCCAUUGGCUCAGCUGAUCCUAGCAUCGUUCGUCUUCGAACACGCGUCGCUUUUCGAGACCUACACCAAAAUGGCUAUAAGACACAACAUUGAUGUCAUAUCGACAUAUGAAUUGCCAAUCCGGGCAGAUGUUUCUGUGUCAGAUAAAAUCCAAAGCACCAGAAUCGACAUUUUGCAGCGUCUUCUUGAUGGGUUGGAGAAUCUACAGACCAAGAUCCUUGCAGGCAAAGUGGGUUGCAAUGAAGCAUGCCGAGCCAUGCUACUUGGAAGUCUGUUGCAAGGGAUGAAGAACUCAGGCAUCUACCCCCGCCCGUCAUCGCCAUUCCCUAAGCUAUCCCCCGGCGCGGUUCUCGCAUCGUUGGCAAUCGUGCAGUCGCCAGCCUUUUUUGGACCGGAGAACCAAGGGCCUCUCUUCAACUACUCUGGUAGAUGGAAUCUUGAUAAUACAUCCGCGAGCUUCGUGGCUGGAGGUCUUUUCAGUCCUGCGCCUCAGAGCACUACUACUCCUCAAGACACUCACAAGCUCAGUGGCCCUCCUCAACCUCCCGGUGGUCUCUUUGGGACCCCUUUGUCUCAGAGUAGUAGCACUCCUCGGGAGAGAAGUAGUUUGUUUGGUAGCAAUGCUAGCUCCAGUGCUGUACCCAAACCCACAGUGGUCGAGAGCGAAGAACAGCCUGCGACUCUUGUUAGGCAUAACUGUCGCCUCAAGGGGCUUAUUGAGCCCUUGAUACAUACAGCCCAAGAGGAAAUCACAGGGCUAAAACUUGCAAACUUCCCUCGGCCUUAG